GAGAGAGAGAGAGAGAGAGAGAGAGAGAGAGAGAGAGAUUUGGGUUUGGCAUUAAGCAUAAGCCGAAAGAUAGGGCGAUUUAAGGAAGAACGGCAGGCAACCGUCGCCGGAGGCAUCAGAAGUUCGCCGGUCUCACUUUGCUCUUCCUUUUGCUGAAAUCUCCGCUUCCAUAGUUCCACCAUUGGAAGUGGAACCACCGGUACCCUAUCCGAGUGAAAAUAUGUGCAGUUAAGUCUGUGACCAUUUAAAGUUCGAUGCUGAUGUCACAUUGUGCUUCAAUUGUAAUCAACCUCAGCGUAAGAGCAUCUCUUUGAUCUGAAAGUGAUAGAGGUAAGAGAAUGUAUGGAAGAACUGGCCUCGAUAGAUUUAAAAAGGCUCAGACCUUGGAACCAUUCUCUGUAACUGUCAAUUCUACUUCACAUAACUCUGCUCAAUCUUCUGGUAAAGAAGGCAUUCAGCCACUGGUUCCAUAUUCACAAUCGAGGUCUUCUCACUUUCAAACUAUUAACCAGCAUCAAUCCCAUGACUCACAAAAACAUACUGUGCCUGAGGCAGGACCAUUGGUGGGGCAGACUCAACAAUUAACUCAGGUUGGAGGAAGUCAGUCCACUUGGCAGCCUCCUGAUUGGGCGAUUGAACCACGUGCCGGAGUAUAUUAUCUUGAAGUUUUAAAGGAUGGUGAGGUUAUAGAUCGAAUUAAUCUGGACAAGCGGAGGCACAUUUUCGGGAGACAAUUCCAUACUUGCGAUUUUGUACUUGAUCACCAGUCGGUUUCACGCCAACAUGCUGCCGUUAUUCCUCAUAAGAAUGGAAGCAUAUAUGUAAUUGAUUUGGGAUCUGCUCAUGGAACAUUUGUGGCUAAUGAGCGAUUGACUAAAGAUUCCCCGGUCGAGCUUGAAGCAGGACAGUCUUUGCGGUUUGCUGCAUCUACAAGAACUUAUAUCUUGAGAAAGAAUGAUGCAGCACUUUUUCCUCGUCCCCCAAUGCUCACUGAGGUUGAUAUACCACCGCCUCCUGAUCCAUCUGAUGAGGAGGCUGUUGUUUCUUAUAAUACGCUUUUAAAUCGUCUAGGUCUUAGCAAAUUUGGCCUACCUUCAUCAUCUGAAGACGGUAGCCCAGCAAGUGAAAAAGAAGAACAGCAACAGUGUGGAGGACCUACCAAAAAGCUUAGGAAGAUGAGAGUGGCUUUCAGAGAUCAACUUGGAGGGGAGCUGGUUGAAGUUGUGGGUUUUUCAGAUGGUGCAGAUGUUGGGACAGAACCUGGUCCAAUAGGUGUUAAAGAAGGAAGUUUAGUUGGGAAAUAUGAAUCUCUGGUGCAGACUACCAUAAUACCAAGAGGCAAGGAGCAGUCUUCUUUGAGGGGUGAUGGAAUUUCUCCAAAAGGCGUGACUGGUAAAUUACAAGAAAUCUUGAAUAGGGUAAAAAAUCCAUCAAAAGGUGGAAUGUAUGAUGACCUUUACGGAGAAUCAUUUUCAGGAAAUGUGGGUUCGUCAUGGGCAUACUCUUCUGCUGUUACUGCUAAUAAACCGCCUUCCCCUCCCAAUGAUUCGAUUGGUAAAGCUUCAAGUGGUAACCAUGAAGAAAAUAACAGGACGAAUAUUAAUAAUGACAGUGAUGAUGACUUGUUUGGUAACUGAUCACAAUAAGCAGAAUGAUUGUGGAAGUUUGUGCAGUUUUCUGAUAUGACAACGUGGUCGGAAUUGAAAGCUGCAGCAAUUCUCUGGAUAUGAAUGGAUUUUUCUUUUUUUAAAUGUAACUGGGGACUUUGGUGUAGUUCAUCAGGAACUUUUCCUUUGUAGUUGCACGCCCUGCAAAGGGGCACAUGUUAAACUGAUUAUAAUAUUUACAAUUCUGGCUUCGGAAGUGUAUACUGUGGCAUUUGAGGAAAUGGAAAGAAUUUGUUAGGGAAA